AUGACAGUGAAAAUGCACAUCUUGUUACUUAUCAGCAGCUUGAGUCAAGCACCAAUUUAUUUUCUUCUGCUGCUUUCGCAUUUUGCUGCUACUCCAGGUCUCUGCAGUGGUAUGAAUGGGACCAAAUCUCACCAGCUACUGAUUGGCUUCCAGGCUCCCUGGAACAUGUCCUAUCCCUUCAGUGCCUGCCGUUUAGGCUCCGCAAUACAGAUGGCUCUCGAAAAGGUCAAUAGCAACCCGUCAUUUCUGGGGAACUACAGCCUGGAUUUUGUUUAUGUUGACUCUGAGUGCGACUCCAAGGUUUCCCUAGCAGCUUUCAUUCACCAGGUGUGGAAAGAAAAGGUGUCAGCGCUCUUUGGUCCUGCUUGUCCUGAAGAAGCAGAGGUCACUGGUCUUAUUGCAUCUACUUGGAAGAUCCCGAUGUUUGGCUUUGUCGGACAGUCCUCCAAGAUGGAUAAUACUGCUGUUUACGAUACUUACAUCAAUAUUGUGCCCCCUCUCAAAAGAAAUGGAGAGGUCUUAGUGAAAACAUUGCAAUAUUUUGGGUGGCGCCAUGUGGCUUUGAUUGGAGGGGGGUUAGAAACAAAUACUUGGGACAAAGUUGACGCUUUAUGGAAGUCUGUUGAGGAUCAGCUCAGAGCUCAGCUGAUCGUAACUGCAAGUGUUAAGUUUGACACCAGUAACCUGGAUCUCAUUCGCAGGAAUGUCGAGUACAUCUCAACAGUGGCAAGAGUGAUUGUGGUGAUGACAAAUUCUGAGGAUGCAACAAACCUUUUCCUGGAGGCCGAAAGGCAGGGCCUAAUGACAGGGGAUUAUGUGUUUUUCCUUCUUCAGCAUUUUGAGGAUAACCUUUGGAAAGUUGCCAUGAAUAACAGGAAGGGAGUCGUAAGUGCCUUUGACAUGACCUUUGUCAUUGGUCAGAAGUCCUAUGAGGGUUACGACUACUACGACUUCUUUGAGCAAGUAUAUAAGAGGCUGAAGAUGCAUCCUUUUCUUACCAACCUUACAUCAGAAAAAGAGGUUAGCCCUUACUCCGCCUACCUGCAUGAUGCAGUCCUGCUUUAUGCCAUGGGGCUGAAGGAGGUCCUAAAAGAUGGCAAAGACCCCCAUGACGGGCAUGAACUUCUCCAGAUAGUGAAGAAGAAAAAGAACAAUAUUCGCUUUUAUGGAGCCUCUGGACUUGUUCACUUUGAUGAGGAGGGUGAGAGGAACUUGGACUACUCCAUAUUUGAUCUUCAGCUUACUGACGGCAGUAACACAUUUGUGCCCAUCCUCCAUUUUGACAGCCACACCAAAUCUAUCAGAUCAACCCCAAAGUUAGCAUCUGUGAUCUGGCCAAAGGGAAAUCCUCCAACUGAUAUGCCUGAAUGUGGCUUUGACAACAAGCUCUGUGAAUGGCUCUCCAAUGACAUUUCGCUGGUGAUCCUGCUGGUGUUGUCCCCUCUAAUUGGUGUGUUAGCCAUAGUCUUGAUUGGCUUCCUUAUGCUCCAGAAGCUUCGGCUGCAGACCAGGCUGAACGACUCUUGCUGGUGGAUCAUCAACUACAGUGACAUCACUAUAGUCAAAGAGCCUAAAGGAAUGCCGGCCCUAUCUCUGAGCACCACAGCCAGCAAGAGUGGAAGUGGAAGCUCCCAUCAGACCAUCCUCUCGUCCACCAGUUACGGUCUGAGGGACAAUUCUGGGAAAGAGCACAUCUACUCAACCAUAGGCCUUUUUCAGGGAAAUAAAGUGGCCAUCAAAUACCUGCAAAAUCAACCUGUCAUUAAUAUCAAGAAGCCCUCCAUCAUCCAAGAGUUCAACGUGGUAAAACAGAUGAAGCAUGAGAACUUGGUGCAGUUCUUUGGGGUUUGUGUUGAGCCUCCUAACGUUUGCAUGGUCAUGCAGUACUGCAAGAAAGGCAGCCUGAAGGAUGUUUUGAGAUGCAGUGAAAUGGAACUGGACUGGAUGUUUAAACUGUCCUUCGCUUAUGAUAUUGUCAACGGUAUGGACUACAUCCACAAGAGUAGCCUGAAGUCCCAUGGCAACUUGAAGCCCAGUACAUGUCUAGUGGAUAGCAGGCUUCAAGUCAAAAUAUCUGGCUUUGGACUCUGGGAGUUUAAACAUGGCACCAAAUACAAGGUCAUCUGUCUGGAAAAUACAAAAUUUGAAGAGAUGUACUGGACAGCUCCAGAGCUUCUGAGGCAAGACCAAACACCACCCAAUGGUACCACCAAGGGGGACAUCUACAGUUUUGCAGUGAUUAUGCGUGAGCUAAUCCAUAGCUCAGAGGCAGGUCCAUAUCACGAUAUCCAGCUGGAACCAAAAGACAUUAUCAAGCAGCUGCAGACUCGACUUUUAGGGGAGCCACUCAGGCCUACCUUGUGCCCGCAGAUGUGCAGCGAGGGACUGGUCACCCUGCUGAAGGCAUGCUGGAACGAGAACCCAGAGCACAGACCCUCAUUCUGCUCUAUCAGGAGACGACUGAAGGAGGCCUGCCCAGAAAGUCAUGUAAAUAUCCUUGACAACAUGGUGAACAAGCUGGAGAAAUAUGCCAAUCACCUGGAGGAAGUGGUUGAAGAGAGAACUAAUCAGCUUACUGCAGAGAAAACACGUGCGGACAAGCUUCUCUCCAGUAUGUUGCCAAGGUACAUAGCGGACCAACUGAUGGCUGGGAAGUCAGUGGAGCCUCAGAGUUACGACCUGGUGACAAUCUUCUUUUCAGACAUCGUGGGCUUCACCGCCAUGUGCUCCAUUAGCUCCGCCCUUGAGGUGGUCACAGUUCUCAAUGACCUCUAUAGCCUGUUCGAUGACAUCAUCAAGCUCUACGAUGUUUACAAGGUGGAAACUAUAGGGGAUGCAUACAUGGUGGCUAGUGGGCUGCCCAUCAGUAAUGGCAUGAAGCACGCAUCGGAGAUUUCCACCAUGGCCCUGCACUUCCUGUGUGCCAUUGGGCUCUUCAAAAUUCGCCAUCUGCCCAAUCAGAGAUUAGCUGUCCGCAUUGGUAUACAUUCAGGUCCGGUGGUUGCUGGAGUUGUAGGCACCACCAUGCCUCGCUACUGUCUGUUUGGGGACACUGUAAACACUGCUUCAAGGAUGGAGAGCAACAGCCUGCCCCUGAAGAUUCAGAUAUCCCAGAGCACAGCAGAAAUCCUGACUCAGAUAGGAUGCUUUGAGCUGGAAGAGAGAGGAGACAUUGAGAUCAAGGGAAAGGGCUGUCAGAAGACCUUCUGGCUGUUGGGUAAAGCAGGUUUCAACCCUACUCUCCCAUGCAACAAACCACCAACUGAGGUCAAAACAGCAACAUCCAAAGUUCAAGAGAGCACAGAGACAGGAAGAACAUAGAGAAGUCUGACCAUAGUCCCAUGAUGGAGAGCUGGUGACUGACAGACGCCACACUGAAUGUCGACUCACACCACACUGAAUUUCCAUUUUUGUUUUCUAACAAGGUUGUUAAUGGCAGCUAUUUUUCCAUCUAUUGUCCUGUUUUGAAACAGAAUAAUGACAGACAUUGCUUUCCCCUCGGUUGU